AUUUGUGCGUGUUGCAGGUCUCUGUUAAAGAGUUAAGCGACCCAGCGGCACACUGGCUUUCCUGAAGCCGGGACCCCCGUUGGGGGGUACAGGAGGAGGGGGCAUGGGGGGCCCGAUGGGGGGCGCUGGCCCCCCCGCCGUCAUGCAGUUCAUAGACGACGACCUGCUCUGGUGUCCCGACAACGAUGGCAAGAUGGUCGACCUCUCCACCUGCCUUGAAAGUGGAACGGACUUGGGAGAGCUGUCGAAUUCGGAUCUUAGCACGCUUGUGCCAAGUCUCGAUGAAGAGCAGGAGGACCUUUUCAAACAACUGGCCGAGACAUCCUUCGAGUUGGAGCAGUUCUUUGAUUUCAAUGACGGUGAAAAGGAGGAGAAUAACAACAACAUAAUAGGCACAGUUGGGAAAAACCAGGCUACAGUGGCCUUGCUCCAAGAACUGCAAAGGAAUUCGGCGUCAGGUCGAAAGUUCACCAUAGCAGCAGCUAAUCCGUUGCUAGCUGAAAAGCUAGCCGCUCCGUCCGGUUCGCCCAGCUGCGAUACUUCUUCGCCAUUCCCCGUGCCCAUCUGCCAGAUCAAGACUGAUCCUGACUCCAGACAAGUGGACACCACCGCACCUGCCCCUCUGUACAUCAAGAGAGAACCCGGAGAACACAAGGGCCUCCAAGGUUUACCUGGAAUUUUAUCACACCACCCCCAUGCAGCACUAUUAAAUUACAACGCUUCCAAUACUGGCUCCCUACCACCCAGCCCGGCUGAUUCAGGAGUCUCAGAUGUGGACUCGAGUAGCAGCGGUCACACGAGCAACGAUGAGCUCAGGUCGAGGCUCAACCCCCAACCCCCGCACCAAGUGACGUCUUGCCGGAGAUCGCCGGAUUCUGCGGGUGGACUGUACACCCCUCACUUCCUCGCGCCCUACCCGACCUACACGGCCGCCUCCGCACCCGCACCCGCGCCCAUGCGCCCCCAUCCACCCCCUCACCCCCACUACACCAACCACACACAUGGACGGACCAACUUAAGCGACGGCUACGCGAGCUACAUGGCAGCGCUAGGCGGCGCGCCGCAAACCGGGGUUGCCGGGGGCGCCUACUUCCCGGCGCCGUCACCACCUCGGCUGCCCGGAUCAGGCGUUCCGACGCCUGUCAUUCAGGCGGCGGCCUCGUCAUCCUCUACGGCUGCCGACGACUUCUACCUGCUCGAGAUGGGGUUUCAGCGCAAACUGAAGAAGCAGAAGCGCAUCCGGGUGGCGGGUGACGCCAUGCCUGGCCAGGGCGCCAAGAGGAAGAGCAGAGAAGGUUCAACGACAUAUCUGUGGGAAUUUCUGCUGAAGCUUCUACAAAACCGAGAGUACUGUCCGCGGUACAUCAAGUGGACCAACCGCGAGAAGGGCGUCUUCAAGCUGGUCGACUCCAAAGCCGUCUCCAGACUAUGGGGUCUACACAAAAAUAAGCCUGACAUGAACUACGAGACCAUGGGUAGAGCGCUAAGGUAUUACUACCAGCGGGGCAUUCUGGCGAAAGUGGACGGUCAGAGGCUGGUGUACCAGUUCGUCGAUGUGCCCAAAGACAUAGUCGAGAUUGACUGCAGUGGCGCAUGACCCCUGGGCCCUGAGCAGAGAGCGACUGUCAUCCUAUCAACCUAACCUCACUUUCAUCUAGCCAAUGAAUAUAGGAGCGUUGUUGAACCCCAUUCAAAAUGGAACUGCAGCCGGUCCGUUUCUUUCGAAACUAAAAAACCCGGCCAAUAAAAUCGGCGAUUAAUUUAUUGUGAAAUUAAUAUAUAUGUGUAUAUUUUCUUGCUCAAAAUUACGCCAAGUGCGAGUGAUUUACUACCUGUAUAUUUUGAAGGAACCACAAUGGGAUAUCAGAUACUGAUAACACCAAAUGUUUCAGAAACCGAACUUUCUAGAAAAUGUCAGAUCUUUCGCAAAUCUGAAACCUUUACUUCGUCCAGUAAAACAUUCUCGCUUAAUGAGUACCGUAAUUUAGUAUUUCAGCGAAUCGAAUCUUUUUGUAAGUCUUGUGUUUUAUUUUGAAAACAAGUGUCUUUUUUCAACGAAUUGAAAGGUUUUUAGAGGUUUAGUGAUUGUAAAAAACCAUGAAUAGUGUGUUAUUUUUCUAUUUUUAAAUGUACGUAGGUUUAUAAAUGUACAGAGAUUGAUUGUUAUUGAAUUUCGAGCUCUGAUGCUUGUGUAGUAAUCCAAAGCGAUUUGAGAGAAUACCAGUGAAAAUUUGAUAUCGGUUACAAAAGUAACAAUAUUGGAUAGAGGUUCUAUUAUACACAGUUACAACUGUGAUGUCUAGUGAUACAAAGUAUAGUAAGUGGAAGAAUGUAGAAUGCAAUCCUUGAUAACUCUUAUUUUCAUAGCAAAAUUUCUUACAUGGAUUUCAAUUUUGCAAGUCAAUGUGAUAAAAAAUUUCAAAUAUUUGAUAAUAAUUACCUGCAUGUAAAUAUAAUUGUUAAGAAGAGAGUUAUUAUUGAAAUUUCCAUCGAUAUUACCUAGUAAAAUUUGAAGCUUAGUUUUGUUUAAAAUGUGAAAAUAAGAGUUAUCAAAAGUUGCAUGUAGUUUAUUUCGGGCUGCAAUGACAAGAUUAUUUCCUAACUGAUCACAUCACAUAAGUUAAUUGAGAAGAAUAGUUGUUUCUCUUCCUGAAAUUUUUCAGGUAAAGAAAGUAAUAUUAACUCAAUCACUUGUCAUUUUUGCAAAUUGGCUGAAUCUUGAAGGACUGACACUUUUGUAAAAAAAUCACGCAUUGUUGUAUGAACUGUAUUAUUGUAAACGCGAUCGAAGUUUUGGAAUGAUCUCAGGAUUCUCUUGUUCUUUUUUCUCUCUCUGUCGAGGUGUGCGUGUGUGUGCGAGUGCGUGUAACAGUACCGGCUGAGCACUGCCCAUUUUUUGCCACAAUUUGAAAAUUCCCGUCAGAAUUCCAGUCCUACCAACCCCCAAACAUCACUGUACCCCAUUUGCGCUCCAACCUUCAAUUAGCCGGAUGUACAUAUAUUAUUAUAAUUUAUGGAGCCAAAACAUGACUUGUGAAUUGAAUGUAUUUUGUAAUGAAUAUUGUUGUGUAUAAUUUAUUUAUUUCUUGUUUGUGUUCAAAGAGAUAGGUUAUGUAUCUGUACAGGCUGCUCCAUUCCAUGAAGCCCCAAUUGCCUAUACAGGCUUAUAACUCAUUAUUUAUGUUUUUUUAUCUUUUCUUGGGUCUAUCAUUGUUACUAUCAACAAUAUUACCAUAGAUUAUAUAUGAUUACAGUUUUCAUUAUGAUUCUUGAUUUAUAUACUGCAGUUGAUAAUGUGUUGACAAUUACAGUUUGUUUUCUCAUAUCCGACAAAAAAAAUAAAAAUAAUAAUACAGAUUCAUAAAUAAAUAUUGUAUAAAAUAAUAAUCGUGACUAUAAAACGUCAAUAAUAAAUAUAUUUGUUAAUUUGAAAGUACAAACUAUUUCAAGGGAUUUUACACUUUGUGAAGUUACUUUACAGAAAAAUAAUGAUAAAUAUUAUAUAUAUAUUAUAAUGUUAACAAUUUCAUAUAUUUUAAUGUUUGAUGUUUGUAUUAUAAGCACUUCAAGAAUUUUAAAAGGUUAAAAGAUGACGCCUCAAUAGAAUUGAAACAUUUUCAUGCCAUGUUUUCGUAAUAUUUUCCACUUUUCCUGCCGGUUUUAUCUCUUAUUAGCUCAAAAAUUUCGGUCAACUCAAUACAGUAUACCAUAUUAAAAUAAAUAUCUAUAUAAUGUUUUAGAUAACUUGGAAAUGUCUAUUGAAUCUACUACCGUAUCGGGUCUGAAUGGCUGAAAACACUUUGAAAUGUUGAUCUAUUUGGGCGUCAUUUUUCAUUGUUAUUUCAUGAUAAUAUAACUAUAUCAUUGAUGCUAGCCAAUAGAAAUUUGUCUGGUCUUUCUGAUAUCCACAUCCACUUACCCCAUAAAGUGAAAGUCUAUGCGGACUUUAAUGAUGUAAUUUUCAGCAACAAUUCUAGAGACUAAGAAGAAAAUUAAUGGUGUUAUAUAUAAUAACUGAGUAUUUUCAAUUUAUCAACUUGAGUGGUUAACGUUGAUCUCUUCAAAUGAAUAUAUCAUUCAUAUAAAUAGUUCUGUUCUGGAUGUUAUAAAUUUAUAAAUAUAUAGAUGCACUUUAUGUCAAACAAAUCUAUUCCUCAAUGUUAUAUGAUAAGAAAAUAUGUAACAAUUUAAAAGACUCAAGAGUCAUUUAGCAACGUACUGCCAACUAAAUGUUUUGCCUCUGGAAUUUUUCAAAUAAUAAUUGUCACUAUCACUAUUUUUGAAAAAGAAAAUCUGUUUGAAGGUAAUAUAAAAAGUAUAUAUAUAGAUUUUGUAAAAAUGAACUAUAUAAUUAUUGAUAUACGUGAUGUAUUUUAUCUAAUAAACUUAUGAACAAGAAUUUCUGUUGAACUUGGAAAAGAAUGGCCUUGAAUUUGUCUAAAUAUCUAGAAAAGUAGGAAAACCCUUUUGGAAAUUGAAAUAUUCGAACUGAUUGCUGUAAAUUCGGAGACUGAUUCGGUGUGAAAAAUGCUUGUAAGAAACCCAACUUGGAAAAUUCAAAUUUUAUUUAUACUGUACUUUAAAUUACUGAAACCUUUCCAAAAAUUAAAAACUUCAUCACCAAACUAAAACAUUUUAAUAAUGUCAACUCUAAAUAUUUAAAUAAUUUUACUACUCAAAAAUUCUAAAUUUUCCGGGAUGAAAUUUUUCUCGUUGGUUGGAAUGAGCAAAGUCUUAGAUUGUUGUAUCUAAUUCUCUUUGUAACUUUUCUUAGAAUCAAACGUCACAUUCAAAUUUGAAUAGUAACUUAUUGAAUGUCAGUCUCUCCGAUACAUAAGUGUUUAGAAUGAAAGUAUUUUGGAGUGUUGGCGUUGAAUCCCACCAGAUUCAACAUAUUAUUAUUUUAAUAUUUUUCUAUGCUGUGCAAAAAAUUGGAAAACACUGAUGUGUGAAAAUUGAUCAGGUUUGAAAAGUAGACAAACUUUAAAUAAACUUAAUUAUUUUCUAUUUAUAUAACUUAAAUGAAUUUGUGAAUCGGAUUAAAUUACUUCUCUUUAGUUUUAUAUUAUUUGUCUCGAUCUUUAAUCUCAUGAAUAUGUUUAUAGUACCGUAUUUAUAGAGAUCAAUCGAUUGUGUUUUACCAUUUUUCAUAAUUUAUCUAUCAUUCCACAUGUGUUAAUGUAAUUAUUUAUUUUCAAACUAAUUAUUUAGCAAUUCAUACUCAUCAGUCCCCCUUUUCAGUAUUAAUUUAUAUUGAUUAUAUUUAUUCACAUUGCAGCCUAGUUCAGAUAGAAGAAACUAUCUAUGUUAUGUUCUGUAGUAAUUCUUGGUGUCAUUUUCAAGAAAAGUAUUCUAUCAUUUUUUCAUCACUGCCUCACAAUAUCAAUAGAACUGGUUGUAUGAAAAACAUUUAUAUAAUCUCAUAUAUUUAUAGCUAUUAUUUAUUUGAACUGGGCCGUUGCAAUUCAUAUAUCACCUCAUUACUGUUACAAUAUUUAAUUUUUUCUAUUAGCGAACUUAUGUUUUUAAUUUUAUCACUUACUUGAGUAAACUAUAGUAACUGAUUUGGAAGUAUAUGAAAAUAUUUGUAAAGUCAUUUUGACAUGUGAAAAAAGACAGAUUCCGAUUCACUGACAUAUAAAUAAUUUAUUAUGUUGCGUUGUAACAUGUACUUUCAUAUACUUCCAAUGUUAUAUUCUACAUUUAUUUUUUGACUCAAGUAAGUAAUAUAAAUUUUCUAUGUAAUGAAUCAGCAAGUUUUCCAUACAUUUUAAAAUAGCUCAGAUAAUAGUGUAUUAGGUUUGGUUAGUUUAAGAUAUCCCUAUUCUCAGUUUAAGUUAACCCAUCUCAAUGAGAUCUUGUUGAAUCUAUUUCAUCAUAGCUUAACUAUUGCUUAUUGCCCGAUGAUAAGAAUAGUUAUAUAUAUAUAUUUAUAUAAGCGCAGUGCCUGACAAAUGUGAACUUGUAUAACCACGGGUAAAAUUGAAAUCCUACUCAGAAGAAAGUUUCUCAUUUUUAUGAAAUUGUUUCACUUUCCAAAGUAAGAUUAUUGUUGAUCAAACACAACUCUGUCUUCUAGAAGUUUUAUUCUUAACUUGAAUGUUUGAAACUAGUUCAAAAUUGGAUUGGUAAUAAAUUUUGGUGUUUGAUAGAAAGCUAAGAUUGAAAAGGCUAAAACAGGCUUACGUUAUCCCUAGUUUGAUGUUUAAAUUAUCGAUCACUUCUUAUAUGAAUAUAUAUCAUGAACGUAUGUACCUUAUUUAGUGAAUGAGGAGAAUUUUUAAAUAAUGAUGAACAUAUUUUCAUAAUGAAAAUAAUGCUACAAGAAAACAGAUACUGUGAAGUUUUUGUAAAUAAUAUUUUUUAUGUAAUUAGGGUUUGCAUUUAAGUGAAGAACAUUUUUGUUUUCUGUAAUAUUAUAUAAAUGAUAUUUUAAAUGUUAUUUACUUAUUAAAAUGUAUGGAGCUAUUCACUGGAUACUUUUACAUACUUAUGUAAAUUUAAAAAUAAAUCUUUAAAAAAAUUA